AUGUACGAAACAUCAAAACUUGCACAAAUUACAAAUGAGAUGAAACGCCACAAGAUACAGAUCCUAGGAAUCAGCGAAGCACGCUGGACCGGUUCGGGAAAAAUCAAAACAAAUGACGGAUAUACGGUAAUUUUCUCAGGUCAUGAGAACAUUCAUUUAUACGGGGUUGCUGUUAUAAUUGACAAAGAAAUCUCAAAUGAAGAUUGCAAAGAUGACUGGUAUGAUCAACUACAAAUGGCAAUCUCCAAAGUACAACAUGACAUGCUUCUUAUCAUGGGUGACAUAAAUGCAAAAGUUGGAUUAGACUAUAGUAAUUUUGAAAGAACAAUGGGCAAACAUGGAUGUGGGGAGAGAAACAACAAUGGAGAUAGACUUGUUGAAAUCUGUGCAAACAACAACCUUGUCAUAGGAGGAACAUUAUUUCCUCACAAGUCAAUUCACAAACACACUUCGGUAUCCCCAGAUAAACGUACCACAAAUCAAAUUGACCACAUAAUCAUCAAUGGAAAAUGGCGCAGAUCACUUCAAGAUGUCAGAGUGUUCUGUGGAGCUGAUGCUGGUAGUGACCAUUAUCUUGUCAUAUGUUCUGUUAUGUUAAAGCUACAUAGGGUUACGCAAUCAAAUUCCAGAAGCAGAAAAUUAGAUAUUGCUAAAUUAAAAUUGGAAGAUACAACAAAUAUGUUCACAAUACAGUUAAGAAAUCGAUUUAGUACCUUACAAGAUGAGUUACUAGAUGAUAACGACCCAAUCACCAAGUCUGCUAGGCUCAAAGAAAGAUUCACGAAAACAUACAAAUCAAAGGACAAAGAUGUGAAGAGAAGUGCCAGAAAGGAUAAGAGACACUAUGUUGAAACUCUUGCUGAUAGAGCUGAGGAAGCAGCAGCAAUGGGGAAUAUGAAUGAAGUAUAUAAAAUCACCAAACAGUUGAGCAACAAAUACAAAACUAACCCGACCCCAGCUAUAAACGAUUUAAAUAUUGACACAACCUCACCAUCCAUUGAAGAAAUAAAAUCUGCAAUUAAAGCAGUGAAAAAUGGGAAGGCAUGCGGAAACAAUUCAAUCCAUGCCGAAAUGCUCAAAGCAGAAGUUGACCUGUCUUCAAGAAUCAUAUACAACUUAUUUGAAAAAAUCUGGUCUGACGGUAUUAUGCCUGAAGACUGGUCUAAAGGAUUUUGA